CGUGUUCAACAGAUUCGUUGCCACGAGGAAGUUCAGAAUGCUCACGGUCGGAGCAUUGUUCCGGUGUGUGAGAGAGGACGAUUGGUUCACAUCCCUGGAUCUCAAGGAUGCUUACUUCCACGUCCCUGUUCGGCAGGCGCACAGGAAGUUUCUCCGCUUUGCCUUUAUGGGGAUGGCGUACGAGUACCAGUGUCUGCCGUUCGGCUAUUCCCUGGCUCCGCGCACCUUCUCGAAGUGUGUGGAGACGGUGUUGGAACCGCUCAGACGUCAGGGAAAGAGGAUUCUUUUCUACCUAGACGAUCUGCUUAUUCUGAGCAACUCAGAAGAGACCGCGAGAAGGGACACCAUGUUGGUGAUAAACCAUCUCUCCUUCCUGGGUUUUGCCAUCAACUGGGAGAAGAGCUCCCCGCUCCCCAGCCGGCAGACAGUCUACUUGGGGCUUUGCCUAGACUCAGCCACCAUGACUGCGAUGCUUUCGCCUCCUCGGCGAGACGCCAUCCUGUCGGCGCUCUCCCGUUUUCACGUUCGCAGAAACGUGACCGCACUGUCCACCAUGCGCCUGUUGGGGCUGAUGGCAGCUGCCCACCCCGUGGUCCCCCUGGGUCUGCUUUUUAUGCGCAGACUCCAGCGGUGGUUUGCUCGCCAACGGUUGGACCCCAGGCGACACAAGCUCAGGGUGCUCCUCGUCCCCCGUUCGGUGUCGCCAGACCUGGAAUAUUGGAAAGGACCCUCCGCCCUUCUCAAGGGUGUUCCACUGGGCAGGGUGGCGUCCUACGUAGUGGUCUUCACGGACGCCUCGUUGACGGGUUGGGGAGGAACGUGCCUCUCUCACUCGGUCGGAGACGAGUGGCGCACGCCCCCUACAGCACACAUAAAUGUGUUGGAACUCGACGCUGUGAGGAAAGUGCUGUUGCAUUUCUUUCACCUGGUGCGCGGCCGCCACGUUCUGAUCAGGACAGACAGCGUGUCGGCGGCGGCGUACAUCAACAGACAGGGGGGAGUCCGCUCCCCUGCUCUCCACCGAAAGGCGGUCGAGCUCUGGCUUUGGGCUCAUCAGUAUCUCCGCAGUCUGAGAGCCCUGCAUAUCGCGGGCGCCCAGAACUUUGGGGCGGACCUCAUGUCUCGAGGCGGUCCCCGCCGAGACGAGUGGCGGUUACAUCCCGACAUUGUCAGAUUGAUCUGGCAGAGGUUCGGGACAGCGCAGGUGGACCUCUUCGCGUCCCGGGAGAACACGCACUGCAGGUGGUGGUUCUCCCUCAGCCCUCGGGAUCUUCCCCCGUUGGGGGUAGAUGCGUUGGCACACACACCUUGGCCGCGGGCUCUCUUGUAUGCGUUUCCCCCGCUCCAGCUGAUCCUUCCUCUUCUGGAACGGGUCAGACAGGAGAGACUGUCCCUGAUAUUAGUGGCCCCGGAGAACCGUUCAGCUCUGUGGUUUCCAGAGCUGGCCGCGCUCUCGCGGUCGGCGCCUUGGCCAGUACCAUUCAGGCCGGAUGCGCUUUCACAGGCCCACGGGACGGUGCACCACCAGCCCGAUGUCUCGGGACGGCUGUUGGUUUGGCUCCUGAGAGGUUGAUCCUGCAGGGCAAAGGUUUGCCUGAGACGGUUAUCAACACUAUUCAGAGUGCUCGUGCGCCUUCUACUUCUUCCCUCUAUGCGGCGAAGUGGUGCGCCUUCUCUAAUUGGUGUGAGACGAACCACGCUGUCCCAUCUCAAUGCGAGGUGGGAAGCGUGCUUUCGUUUCUGCAAAACUUAUUGGAAAAAGGUUUGGCUUUCUCCACUAUCAAGGUCUAUGCGGCAGCCGUUUCGGCUGGCCAUGCAGGCUGUGAUGGUGGACCGAUCUUCAGCCAUCCACUGGUCAAGAGAUUCUUGCGUGGGGCUAGACGGGUUAGGCCUGUUUCACGCGUGCUUACACCACGCUGGGAUCUCCCCACCGUGUUGCGCGGAUUGUCCAGGGAUCCUUUCGAGCCUCUCUCCCAGGCCCCUUUGGAUGCCCUGUCAUUUAAGACGGCGCUCUUGUUGGCCUUGGUUUCUGCCAAGCGGGCCGGUGAGCUAACCGCUCUGUCUGUCAGCCCGAGUUGCUUGUUGCUAAACGAGGACAGCUCCUUCGCGUUGCUCAGACCUAAUCCUGCGUUCCUCCCGAAGAACAUUAAUAGUUCUUUUCGGUCGAGGGAUAUUGUGCUUAAGGCUUUUCACCCCCCGCCUCAUUCUAGUGAGGCGGAGGCGGAGUUGCAUCUCCUGUGCCCGGUUCGGGCGUUGGCUAUGUACGUGAAUCGCUCGGCAGCGUUCCGCUCCACACAACAGUUGUUUGUGUGUUAUAGCGACGCUAGCAGGGGCCGCGCUCUCUCUAAGCAGCGGUUUUCUCGCUGGGUAUGUGAGGGUGUUUGCCUAGCCUACUCUCGGCAGGGCUUGGCGCCACCGUUGGGCGUUAAAGCUCACUCCACACGGAGCGUGGCCGCUUCAACGGCUCUACUCAAGGGCGUUUCGGUGGAAGACAUCUGCGCGGCUGCGUCUUGGUCUUCCCUCGGCCUCUUUGUCCGUUUUUACAUGUUAGACAUGUCCAGGGGCUCACUCGGCAACUCUGUGCUAGAGUCCGGGACCCCUUUUACGGCUUAAGAAUAUAGACAUGUUCUUUAAAGCGGCGUGGUUGGAUUUCCUCUCGCCGGCUGGCGAGUUGGUCUUGAUUACCAGUCUCUUACUCUCCCACCUUUUUUCAAAUGAAAAACAGGCUAGGGGGUUUUCUAUUGGCUCGCCAAUUGUCUGGUGGUUUUGUUUACCAGUGAGGCACUCCCGCCGUUUUCUUCAAAUAAGAAACGGCCGAGAGAGUCCCAUUAUUGGAGAGCCGAAUUCCGUAGCUCCGCCCCCGGUGGUAGCGGACCUAAUGGAAACCGUGUUGCUCUGGUUUUCUUUUCCUUUUCAUGGGUUCCAUGAAGCACGGAAUAGAGCCGGAGUCUUUACAGACUCACUUUUUUCUCCCUUGAUCAUUGCGUUGCUUGAUCUAGGAGGAAUUAGUUUUUAUAAAGCUGUUGUGUUUUACACUUCCUUGGCUUUUUGAGUCUUAAUGUGUUCUGGUGACUUAGGUCGUUUUGACUGGGGUCCAGCAGGAGUACAUUGAUCGGGCUCCGCUCGCAGCUUCACCUUAGCCCAUAAGGCGAAGCCUAGACGGCGUAGCCUACAUGAAAUAGAACGAUAGUUAUGUUAUUAUAACUCUAGUUCUAUGAUUGUAGGCGUAGCCGUCUAGUUUCCCACCUGCUGUACCCUCCAAAUGCUGAAAGAAAAGCGUGGAGGAUGAGCGACGGUAUACACCGCGUUAUAUAGACACGAUACCGUGGGAAAUGUGGGCGGUGCCCACGCUGAUAGGUGCAUAGUUUGAAUU